UUUAAUGGUAAUCAUGCUAGUUUCCAUGGUUCCACUGGUGGUUUCAAUGCUCCCAAUACAAUGUUCAACAAUGGUGGUUAUUCUAGCAAUCGAGGCUCUCAUUUUAAGGGUCGUGGUCGAGGUCGUGGUUCUUACCAAUCUGGUCCACGCCCUUAUCAAGUUCAACCCACUUCUAGUCCUGGCAUUCUUGGUCCUGGCACUGACAUUCCUACUUGUCAAAUCUGUAGCAAGAAAGGUCAUGUAGCUGUUGAUUGUUAUCAACGACACAAUCAACCUUCUACUCAUACCUCUUCAGUCCAAUGUCAGAUUUGUUGGAAAUUUGGGCAUUCUGCUAUUCAAUGUUAUCAUAGAGGCAACUUCUCUUAUCAAGGCAAACCUCCUUCCACCAAUCUUAGUGCCAGGCAUGCAAACUUUCCUUCUUCUACACCUCAUGAGCAAUUUUGGGUGGCUGAUACUAGUUCAACAACUCAUAUGACCUCUGAUUUGGCUCAACUCAGCUUGGCUACUAUCCUUUCUCAGGAUCUGAUACUAUUACCACUGCAAGGGGUUCAGGACAAGAUCACAGGGAAUGUUCUUCUCAAGGGACUAUGUAGAGCUGGCUUGUAUCCUAUUCCUUUCUCCAUUUCAUCCAUUCCACCACCUCGUCUUCCACAAGCAUCUUCUUUCCCCAAGAAUCAAUUCUGCUAUCUUGGUCAACAAGUCAAAACCAGUCUCUGACACAAGCGUUUCGGUCAUCCUUCUAACAAAAUCACUUCUGCUCUUUUAAAUCAAUCCCAAAUUUCUUUUACUUCAGACACUUCCAAAUUAGUCUGUACCACUUGUUUAGAAGGCAAACUUGCCAAACUUCCUUUUCCUUAUCCAGCUGUUAAGUCUGUCAAACCUUUAGAAGUAAUUCAUAGUGAUGUUUGGGGUCCUUCUCCCACUAUAUCUGUUGAGGGAUUCAGAUAUUAUGUUAGUUUCAUAGAUGAAUGUACUCGGUUUACUUGGAUUUUUCCAAUGAUCAAUAAAGGAGAGGUUUAUUCUAUCUUUGUCUAUUUCCAUGCCUUCUUAGUUACUCAGUUUUCUGCUAUUCUUCGAGUUUUUCAAAGUGAUGGGGGUGGUGAGUAUCUUAGUAAUAAAUUCAAACAUUAUCUUCUUACCAAGGGCAUUGUCCAUCAACUGUCAUGUCCAUAUACUCCUGAACAAAAUGGUCUUGCUGAGAGAAAACAUAGGCACAUUUUAGAAACUGCAAUCACUUUGUUACAAACUGCCAAUUUACCUCCUAAAUUUUGGUUUCAUGCUUGUGCUACUUCCAUCUAUUUGAUUAAUCGGAUGCCUUGUCAAAUUCUUCAGCUUAAAUCUCCUUAUUUCUUAUUGUAUGGUUCUGCACCA